CGCCGCUGGGUCUGUUCCUCACGCUGCAGCCCCCGCCGUAGCCGCCGCGGAGCCCACUGCCACCGCUUCUGAGGGGCUGUUUGUAAACAGAGGGGCUCAGGGGCACCAUAUAGUGAGGAUUUGCCUUUGGGCCUCUGGCCCCACUGGACAGUAGGCACACGUGGACAACCACCUCCAAGCUGGUGGUCAUGGGGAACAUUCACCGCCACCUUUACCGCAGAAGAUGGCUGUGCCUCCCACGUAUGCUGAUCUUGGCAAAUCUGCCAGGGAUGUCUUUACCAAGGGCUAUGGGUUUGGCUUAAUAAAACUUGAUUUGAAAACAAAAUCUGAGAAUGGACUGGAAUUUACAAGCUCAGGUUCAGCCAACACCGAGACCACCAAAGUGACGGGCAGUCUGGAAACCAAGUACAGAUGGACCGAAUAUGGUCUGACGUUUACGGAGAAAUGGAACACUGACAACACACUAGGCACGGAGAUUACUGUGGAAGAUCAGCUUGCACAUGGCCUGAAGCUGACCUUCGAUUCAUCCUUCUCACCAAACACUGGGAAAAAAAAUGCUAAAAUCAAGACAGGGUACAAGCGGGAACAUAUCAACCUGGGCUGUGACGUGGAUUUCGACAUUGCCGGGCCUUCCAUCCGGGGUGCUCUGGUGCUGGGUUACGAGGGCUGGCUGGCUGGCUACCAGAUGAAUUUUGAGACUGCGAAGUCUCGAGUGACCCAGAGCAACUUUGCAGUUGGCUACAAGACUGAUGAGUUCCAGCUUCACACUAAUGUUUGCGGUGAGCGGGGGCUACUCUUUUUGAGAAAUGAUGGGACAGAGUUUGGUGGCUCCAUUUAUCAGAAGGUGAAUAAGAAGUUGGAGACUGCUGUUAAUCUGGCCUGGACAGCAGGAAACAGUAACACUCGCUUUGGAAUAGCAGCCAAGUACCAGAUUGACCCUGAUGCCUGCUUCUCGGCUAAAGUGAACAACUCCAGCCUGAUAGGGUUAGGAUAUACUCAGACCCUAAAGCCAGGUAUCAAACUGACACUGUCAGCUCUGCUGGAUGGCAAGAAUGUCAACGCUGGUGGCCACAAGCUUGGUCUAGGACUGGAGUUUCAAGCAUAAAUGAAUACUGUACAAUCGUUUAAUUUUAAACUAUUUUGCAGCAUAGCUACCUUCAGAAUUUAGUGUUCCUUUUAAUGUUGUAUGUCUGGGAUGCAAGUAUCGCUAAAUAUCAUGUUAGACUUCCAGGUUAAAGAUGAUUCAGCUUUAGGGUGUUACCCUUUCAGAGGUACAGAAGAAACCCAAUUUCAAAAAAGGUCCUUUCAGCUGUAGACUUGAGGGGGAGCUUGCUGGCCUCUCUAGAGAUGUCAGGUUUCUUUUUUACCUAGAAAUGGCUGCAAGUGGAAGUUGAUAAUUUGCAGGCACUUUGUAAUUUGUAAAUUCGUAUUGAGUAAAUGAAUGAAAUUGUGACUUCCUGAGAAUUGAACCUUGGUUUCCUACGCUGAUUGAGGAGAGGCUGUUUGAUGGUGUAUACAAACUCAUCUGAAAGGGACUUGUUUAGGCAGGGACUUUUUCCACCCCAAUCCAUCACCUCUUUUACACCAAAAGUAGUCUGCAGGGCGUGGUAGCUGUUUCUUUUGUGCCAUUUUGGGGUGGAGAAGGUGGAUGUGAUGAAGCCAAUAAUUCAGGACUUAACUGUGUUUUUUCUCAUGUUGUGUUUUUUUGCCCUUGCACCAGAGUAUGAAAUAGCUUCUAAGAGCUCCAGCUGCAAGCUGGGAAGAGUCUCGGUGACUGUAAUCACAUGGUGACAACACUCAGAAUCUAAAUUGAACUUCUGUUGUAUUCUCACCACUCAGUUUAUUUUUUAGCAGUUUAAUGGGUACAUUUUAGAGUCUUCCAUUUUGUGUGGAAUUAGUUCCUCCCCUUCAAAUGCUGUAAUUAACAUCACUUAAAAUAAAACUUGAAUAAAAUAUUGAAACCUUA